GUGCGAGCACAAAAUUCAGGAUUUGGAUGAAUGAAUUGAAUAUUUUUCUGGCCCAUGUGCCCGCAUUUUGCCCAAGGUUAAUGCAAGCAUAUUAUGUACAGCCUUAUAAAAGGCUAUUUAUCGAGUUCGAACGUAGAUGAGGAAGAACGCGACUCAGUUUUUGCUGAGGAAGUUGUACGAUCCCGCGAGCUCAAAGCAAAACGAACUACUUUUCGUUCGUCAAGAAGCAAAUCCGAGAGCAGUGCUGUUUCUGGCGAUUCAGCCGCUAGAUAUCUGUCGUGGGAGAAUGUGUCAUUCUUAGGACACGAGUUGAGGAAAACGGUUAGAAAGGGGUUUCACUGGUUGGCAUACCCUUCACUUGAUAGCGAAAUGUCGUUUAAAGUUAAAAAGCCAGCCCCUCUCGGAACUAAGGAAUAUAUGGUUGAUACCAAUGACACACUGGCAAAGAUUGCUCUAACAUUUGACACCACUCCUUCGGAGUUGACUCGUAUCAACAAGCUGUCAUCUCGCAUGCUUUUCCCAGGCCAGACAUUAUUUGUGCCUGACAAAAGACUGGAAAAAGGUCCAGAUGGAGAUGAAUUGACUUCUGCUCCAAUCACCAAACCCCCACAGCCACUUGUCAUCAAGGAGAAUGGUGCAUCUCACAGAGGGGAGCAGGAGACAGUCAAACUCACUAAAGAUGUGUCCUGGGAAGAAGAAGAGGAAGAAGUCACUGAGCAUUAUUUGAAGAUUUAUGCAAAAUACAUCACUGAUGGCCAGGGUAUUGCAAAUGGUGUUCUUCUCAUUACACCACAUUCAGUCAUGUUCAAGCCGAACGUAUCAGACCCACUUGUGAUGGACAGAGGACUGGAUACAUAUGGUGUAGGGACGCUUAUGACAUCUGUGACAAGUGCUGCCAUGUACACAGACAUUGCUGCCAUGGCAAUUCAUGACCCCCUUAAACCUGGAAAGUUUUACUUAGAUGCUGCCACAGCAGAAUCACUUAGUCGUCAAAAUAGCAUCGACGUAGAAACCGCACCUCUUACAAUAUGUAAAAAUGGCGGUAAAGUUUGUACAAAUCUGGAUGAGGACACGGACCCGUUGUCAUCAGUUGAUAUCUCACACAUUUGCGCGUGCAGUGUUUCAAACUUUAUUCCUGUAUCAACUGAUGAGGAUGUGAAAAAUGCUGUUCGGGAAAUUAUUGAAAGAAUUGUUAAUCAAGUCGCUGAUUCGGAGAAUAUUCACCAUCUGCCAGAAAAGACAGAAAAAUCUGUAGGAACUCCAUUGCUUCUUCAAGGAAGUCCUGCAAGGGGAUAUAUGCACUCAGUGUCGCCGGCAUCAGAGGAUUCUGGCAUAGGGUGUUCUAUGGGUCAUGCGGAUGACUCCAAAGCAGUAGAACCAGAAUUGGCGGACCACGCUGUUCAUCAAGGACUGGAGAACCAGUUGAAUGAUUCUGGCGAUGCACGAAGUUCAGUGAGCAGCAAUGUAGUUGAACCUGAUGAAAAUAGACCAGAUGAAGAACAUUCGAGAAACUCUCCAGCAAGUGUCGAUGGGGAGCUCGAACAUUCACGCUCCACGUCGUUGUUCGCUGCUCUUAGCAGUAAUGUGAGGUACUGGCUUGGACAAGAAAAUUGUGGAAUAAGUGAGCGCCAGGGCAGUGAGAGCGAUGAGGAUGUUUUAGUGCCGAAGCCUGCCACUUCUUUCAGCAAUCAGCCCCUCUAUCUGUGCUUGAGAAUCAGUAAGAAGCAUUGGUGUCGGCAUCAGGGCAUGUUCGGAUCGUUUCCUGAACAAGGAGAACAGCUUCAAGACAGAGACAAAAAACGAAGGGAAUACUGGUUCGCCAUCCCACCAUCAAGGACAGAGCAAGUGUACAGGUUCUUUCAACAGUGGUGCCCCAACAUCCACAAUGCAACAGAUGAAGAAAGCGAAGAUGACGAAACAACUUCACCAAUCUGCAUGGCAACGGAGGAAGAGGGGUUACAUCUAGUGGAAUCGUUUUAUUCUAAUAGUCCGCCUGCUCGUUCACAUGGCAAAUUGUCAAGAGCACUCAGCGACAGCGAAGUUCCCAAAGUCAAGAAAGGCCUUCGAAGAUUUGCAGCCAAACCUGGAAAAGCUGCAAAAGUGAAGUCAAGUCCCAAAUCACCUGCUUCCUUCCUCAUUGAGGACGUGUUACCGGAUAUGGACUGUAAAUCAGAAAUGCUUAACGAGGAGCAUUUGAGAAAAUUGAACAGCACACUUCCCUCGAGGACCAUUGGGCAUUGCUGGGCGUUAGUGUACAGUACGUUUCAACAUGGCUUCUCCCUCAAGACGCUGUACCGUAAGAUGGAGUGUUACGACACACCAGUGCUACUUGUGGUUAUGGACGAUGCGCAGCAUAUUUUCGGUUCGCUAUGCUCUUGUCCAUUCAAAGUUAGUGAAGGAUUUUAUGGCACAGGAGAGUCUUUCUUGUAUAAGUUUGAAAAUAAUUCUCUGAAGAUAUUUGCCUGGACUGGAGAAAACAACUUCUUCAUCAAAGGGUCAAAGGAUAGUUUGGCCAUCGGCAGUGGAGGUGGAAACUUUGGUCUGUGGUUAGAUGGAGACCUCUAUCACGGUCGCAGUCAUCCCUGCACGACAUUCAACAACGCGCAGCUUUCCUGGAAAGAAGACUUCCUCUGUAGUGGACUGGAGGCCUGGACGUUCGUGUGAUUUCCAACCCGUUCUCCUUCAUGCAGCACCAACCCACUCUUGUCUUCCAGUGCCUUUAUGGAAUUGUGGGAAUCAGUGAUGUGGCUUAUCAAACCCUCAUUGCAACUUUAUUAACCCUUUAACUCCCAUGAGUGACCAAAACAUAAUUUCUCAUCACAAUAUCAAAAUAAUAUCAAGCAGACAGGUGAUGAGAAUAGAGAAAAAUAUCAAUUAGGGGAUUACACGAACAAGUUGAUUAAAUACCACAUUCUCCAAACCACCAUCAUAGAGAUUGUAUAGUAGACAGUCAGGGGAUUUUCUAAUGAGAGCGUGGGAGUGAAAGGGUUAACGUAGAUUUAAGAUCUGCAGAUGUGAAUGCGAAACAUGAUUAAUGCACUGAAUGCUAUUCAUGCGCAAAACACCAACUUGCUGGGGGCAGGCUCGUUGCGAACAAUACGGCGGUCAAACGUCUGCGUGUGUGCAGUUGCUGUAAUGGUGCGGUGGCGUGCUCUCUUGUAGCCUCACUAGACUUAAAAAACAAAAAACUCACAAGCUAGAUCAUUGUUUAAUCGAUAGGAAACCCAUGAUUGAACAAGCAUUGUGUUAGAGAAGUCGAAAUUUUUCCUUACCUAAUUUUUAUAACUUUUACAAAUCUUUCAGUGAAAGUUUCAUUUUUUGUUUUGUUUUGUUUUUUUGUUUUUUUCGCUAAUUUACGUCAGUUAUGUUUUCUUUCUUAGAUUUUGCGCGGGAAAUUGGCGCGGGGCCGGCCAAAAAUUGAUCCACUUGCGCAUGCCCAACGGUUGACCGCUGCAUUGUUGUGGACAGAGCUGCGACAGUAAGAGGGAAGCUUAUGUCCUAAGCAACUUUUUGCACACUUUAGGUUGUUGUUGCUUUCUCGUUCGAGCUUGCAGGUGAAUUCUUCUUUGAAGAACCACAUUGAAACAAACAUAAGAUAUUUAUGUGCUUUUUCAUUUGUUCCGAAAUCGUUGGGGAUUUGUGUUUGAUCGGUGAGCCGCGUACUCCUUGCUCAACGAUCACGCAUCAAUCCAGCUACGUUACGGUUGUAGCAUCAUUAAAACACAUUUAUACUAAUCCGUCGUAAUCUUCUUCAUCUUUGGUCAACCUGAUUUUUUCUUGGAUUAUUAUUGCAUCUUUCGCGUUUCUUUAUCGUGACGAUACAACAUUUUCCAUUUUCCUUCAAAUUGAGGUAGUGUUAGACUUGGUUAAGAGAAAAGGUUAGGAACUUUCCACAGUCUACCUAAUGAGUGGCAGACAAGUUAACUUGCGAGAGCUUGGGACUAGUGUUAACCAGGCUGUUAGCCUUACCGGGCAUGUCUUGAUCACGUGCUUUUAUUCUGUCAUCAGCCUUAGUUGUGGUUUGAUAUCUUCAUUUAGGGUUUUGAUUCUGUUUAAAGACUUGUAAAUAUACAAGAAAAAAUUGGAUGGUGUUCAUCGAUAGCCUUUUCGUUAGAUUUAAGACGAGAUGUUAAUUUAUUAAAAGAGAGGAUAAAGUG